AUGAAUUCGAAAUCUUUUCAAACUAUGCGUUUGAGUGGUCUGUUGUGCGACUGCACGAUACAAAUUGUCGAUAAGCAGUUGCCGGUGCACGGUGUAGUGAUGGCGUCACGUUGCGACUACUUUCGAGGUUUGCUGCAGUCGGAGAUGCAAGACGCCAACCGAGUCGAUCUAUCCAACAUGCCGGGUAACUACGACACGAUGAAAUCGAUCGUCGACUUUUGCUACGGCAUAUCAAUCCAAGACAGACUCGACGAGUCGAACAUCGCUCACGUGCUCUGCGCUGCUUCGUAUCUCCAAAUGUCCGGACACAACAACUUGGAGGAGAUCUGUGGAGACAAACUAAAAAAACUAACAAAACACAAACUAACAAGAUGCCUAAUCAUUCUGUACAACUGUACUGACAUCGGAGUUGUUGCAGAGAAAGAAGGAGUGACGGAGAAAUGCAUGGAAGCUGCAGUACGUCACUUCAAAUCGUAUGAUGAAGACAAAAGUGGGCCUACCGACAAGCUUUGUAAGUCUGUAGAUUUAGAAAAUCUUCCUAUUUCCUGGAUGAAACAAAUUCUGGAGAAAAUGCAACAAAGUGGAUGUGAUAUGUCGACGAUGACGUCUGUGUCAACUGUUUGCGCCAGUUCUAUCAUCAGCUAUUACCACAACGGAGGUCAGACGGUAAACAACUCUCUCUAUUCUUACUACUCUUGUCUUCCAUCGGCAGCAAGCCCUAAAACUUUGCUCAAAGCAUUUAAAGCAAUUAUGAGUUACGUUCCUGACGAGGCAUCAGCAUUAUGCCCGUAUGCUGUAGCCCCAAUUUGGUUUGUUAACGCUCUAGAGUUUGUCACCACACAUGCACUGUCAUAUGUUGGUCGUUUGUAUUCUUUGUGUGCUAGCAUAUACAACGAACUUGCAGACAUCGAUGACGAGGGCGCAGUUGUUUACCUUUUGAAACCAAACGCAAUAAUAAAUCUAAACAAAGUGACUCAGGCCAAUCACAGCCAUCUUGCCGAUUGUGUACAGAAAUUAACAGACUGCUACCUUUUUGUGCAAGCUCGACGCCGAUCUCUGACUCCAUCUAACUUUGUGCGAGUUGUGCAGUCUACCGAUUGGUGUAGCAGAGAGUCUUUUGACGCGCCAUUUGAGGCCUUAAGCGAAAUGCUGGAAAUUCCUCAAGAUGUCAUGCAGAUAAAUAAAGAUGAGAUUGCAAACAUGGUUGCAAAAGUUGAUUUUACAAAGUUAAGUCAACAUAUGCUCGAGCGAGCAGCAGCAAAUAGUAAAAUACCGAGAGAGGUCAUCAUGAUUGCUGCAGUCACUGUUUGCUCGGCGUUACGGUUUCAGAUUGCCACCACAUCUCAAGCACUUACCAAAGAAACAAAGAAAUCAAAAAAAUUUAAAUCGGCUUUAGCUACUGCAAAUCGAGACAUCGAAGAACUACAAGAACGGAACGAAACUUUGCAGUCGAGACUUCAAACAGAGAAAGACGAUAACGGUUUGGAACAGAUCAAUGGCAGUUGGACUCCAAAACUUCAUCCUUAUACUCAACAUACAUAUACACCAUGUCAUAAAAGUGAAAGACAGGAAAUGAAGAUAACAUGUCGUAAGAAGAAAAUCUGUGAAAAUCGAUCUAUUGAUUUGAGUAUUGAGCGUGUGCUCUCGAAAUCGGUCUAUUCCAUGAGACCGUUCACCAAUCCUAAAGUUAUCUCUGCAUCCUACCAUGCUCAAUCAGACAAAUUCUACUGCAUGCGUAUUUCAGGAUGUCCAGAAAUGUCUUUGAUCUUAAUCAACGCAAGGAAGGACCAACUGUGGAUAUCACAGACGAGAGAUCACUUCUUUGGAGGGGCAACAAAUGGUUACGGUAAUAGUUUGCAACAAUUUUACAUCUGGAAACGCAGACAGCUAGUAAAUGAAAUAACAUAA